AUGGAAUCUAAUAGCAGCUUCUCUCCGUCUUCCGCCGACAAUGCAACACUUCAAGAUGCUAUUGAUUAUGAAAUGAACAUCUGUUUCGACGACGAUUUUCAAUUAAAUCAAAAAACAAUACCUAUAGAAAAUGGGUUAUUAAGUUGUCCACAAAAAAUUUCUGAAGGGCCAACUAUUUCUCUAUCCAAACCUGCUAACUGCAUCGUUACUAAAGACUCUGUCAAGGCCGAGCUAAUAUCUACUAAAACCAAUUUGACCCGAUAUUAUGAAAAGGAGAAUGGUUUUAAUGGGUUUGUAGAUCAAGUCUUUGAAGUCAAUUAUGAUGUGACUAUGACCAAUUGUAACUUGGUUUCCAAAUAUUCUGAUCUACAGCUUGAGAAUAUAAAUUUAUUGGAAACAAUUGCCAAGAUGAAAACAAACCACUCUCAGGAAAUUACACAUUUGCAAGAUGCCUUUAAGAAAGCCAAGAGUGAAAAUUAUGAAAUGAGUUUAACCAACUCCGAUUUAACUUUGUCUAAUGUCGACAAUAGAAGAGAAAUCAUUCAACUAAAAGAUGAAAAUCGUCGUUUAAAGCAGAAAGAGACAAGGUUCGCACCUCUAGAUCAAACAUUUAAUGGUACUGUACCAAAGAAAGUGAUUGGAGAUAUAUCUUUGAUGAACGAGGACUUGAGCGCUAAAUUAGCGCGUGUUACCGCUGAGUUCAAGAAUUGGGAAAUUGAAAAUAAUUUAUCUAAGAAACAACAACAAUCGAAAUCGCUCUCUGACCAACUCCAAAUACAAACGUUAAUGAAUGAGAAUGUCACUUUGAAAACUAGAGUGGAACAGCUACAAUCCACCCGUAAAAACAAUUCUCGUGAACAUCUAUUGGAAAGAUUAGUAGAGUUAAGAGAACUACGAGAACAAUUGAGUAAAGAUACAAAAUUUAUCAGUAAUGCCCAACAAUUACAAAUUGAUAAGGAAAACUGCUUAUCUGAUUUAACCCGCUUACAAAGAGAUUAUGAUGAAUUAAGGAGAAAGUCUGAACUACUGCAGGUAACAAAAAACUUUAGUGGCAGUAGUAAUAACAGCUUCACUGAAAGGUCUACUUCACCUGAAUUUGAUAAUGACAUUUUUGACGGAUUGACACCACAGACAAACGUUACCGAAAAGACUUUUAAACGGAAAAGAUUUUACAAGAAGGGUAGUCUUUCACCAUCGAACUGGAGUCUAAGAUUUGCUAAAAACAAAUUCUUCCGUUCGUUAGCCAGUUAG